AUGUUUCGUUUUACGCUGUGCUUGUUUCUCGUCAGUGUCUUUUCUACCACAUCAAGGUAAGAGUAUUUCUAAUUCAUUUUUUAUAUCUGAUUUGAACAUAUUACGAGUACGUGAAAUUGAACAAAAAAUCUCUUCACUUUCUUGAUGAGAGGCUGUCGCUAGUUUGCUUUCAUUUUACCUUGCUUACACGAAGAUUUUUCUCCUCGUGAAACAAAUUUCAAAAUUCAUAUACUUUAAUUUAUCUUUUGCUCGCGGUUACAUGACGGUGCUGUUUUAGACUUCGUCUGCUCUGAUGGUUUAAUAAUUCGCUUUAAUGCAAAAUUGAUACAGCAAGUUUUAAAGACAUUAAUAAACACAGACUUUCGAUUAAAGCAAUGCAAAAGAGCUCAAAAGGCUUCUAUAAGAGUUAAUCACAUUGAACGAAAAUUUAUACAAACUGAAUGAUUUUUAUCUCUAACUGGAAUAAGCUAUGAUCAUGACUCUUUUCCAUGCAUUUUAAAAAACCUUUCGCGCGGCUUUCGAAACACUUCUUAUUACCUAGCUACAGGUAAGAACCAUAUACAGCUUUGAGCAGCCCCAAACAUUGAAAUUUCGGCACAAGACAGAAAAGAGAGUUUUACGACAUUGAGUUACACAUCUACAGCUUUUUUGGAGUAUCAGUAAAUCAAAUUUCGGAUUCCGCACAAACUCAUGUACUAAUGCGUGAUAAAUUUUAUUACGUAGGGCUCUGGAUAAAAAUAUCAGAUAUAAAGUGCUAGAGAUGGACCCAAAAGGAAAUCUUUACCUUCACAAGACUGCGUUUCUGUGCAAGAAUGAUAUAAUCAAACGACUCGUUAGCGGCAAAUACAAUCUCGUAGAAUCGAGCCCCAUUGGUAAGUCACUAAAUUUUUCCCACAUAGGAAACCAGCAAAGGGCUUUAUAAGAACUGUGAUGAGUCGUAUGCUUAAUGCUUUCAGACCUCUACUGAAUUAGCACUGAAUUAGCUUAUUCUUGAACUGCUAAAAUGUUCGAAAAGAAAAGGAAGUCGACAGUGCCAUUUCAAAUGUUUUCGUGCUUCCUUAAGCCACUUUUUUUUUCCAAUAAUAACUGAAAGAGAGUGCUGGUACUGUCCUUAGGCUAACUAAAGAAAGCUCAAUUUAAUUAGAACGCUGGUUUUCGUUAUGAACGCAGGUCUGUCAAAAGAUUCUUCAGCACUCAAUUGCAAGGAUCUCAAAACAAAAGUGCCUUCUGCCACGUCAGGCGUCUACUGGAUUGAUCCGGAUGCUGGUUCCCAUAGCAACGCUUUCCAAGCUUAUUGCGACCAACAGACGGACGGAGGAGGUUGGACUUUGGUCUGGAGUUAUACCUUCACAGCUUAUUCAAGCUUCAGGUCUAAUGCAAACGCUGUCACUCCACGACCUGCAUGGACAGUUAACAAUGCUAACACAAGAGUGUCCACCAAAGUUCCACUGAGUGAGACGCAUUAUGAAGCCAUGAACUUUGCUUUGUGGCGCACCAUUGGAACACGAUUCCUUAUCAAGAGUAACAUCAACAACUGGAUCGCUUGCAAAGAAGGUCCUGGAAGCCUCGUGAUGCAGAAAGCGGGAUCCCUCAGCUGUAAACUGGUCAAACAAGUUUCAAAGCAGUGUGCAGGUGUUGUGCCAAAGUCCAUCAAGAUGGACACAUAUGGUCCGUAUCUCUCCAGCAGUAGCCUCUACUACUAUUUCGACGGUUAUACGAGUGCCAAUUGGCCCACGCACGAUCCAUGUGGCAAAAAUCAAUUGAAUCAAGUAAAAGGUGUGGUUAAUCCACACGGCAAUAUUUUUGUAAAGUGAAAAAUUUCUCGCCUGCUGAAUAUUGGGGGAAACCAAGAUAAAAUUAGCACUCUAAGGCACUGUAAACAAAAGUAGUAGCAAAAAGUUAAACUUAACAUACAACUGAAAACUAUACUACGGCUGUGGCAGCAGGGGGCAGCGGAACAUUGUAAGUAAAUAGCCAAUAAAUGUGGGUUCCUU